AAACUACCAACGAACGGUGUUGUUCAAUGUUCAUUGUUGGAAGAACGUCGAAGCGAGAGUAUUCACGUUGCUUCCUUUUUAACGAGCACAUCGUUCGAAUAGAAAAAAAUGUUGUUCUUUGGAGUAUUGUCUGUUCUUUUGGCAGCAGCAUCUGCUGAAUUUUGCUAUACUGAUGUUGAAGGAGCUUGCAGCACAAGACCCACAACAAAUGAUGGUGCACUAAUACCAAAUUGUAAUGCAAAAUAUGGAGCUAUUGAGGGACUUCAAGCUGAACUUCAAUCUUAUGCAAAUGCUAAUGUUGAGUCUAGUUUUGAGUUUUUAUUAAUGUCUAGUUAUUUUGGAAAUUAUGAAGAUCAGCGUGAAGGAUUUAAAGCAUUAUAUCGUAAAUAUUCUGAUAAAAUGUGGGAGGAUGCGAUUGAUGUAAUCAAAUACAUAGCUAAACGGGGUGGUAGAAUGAACUUCAAUCAGAUGCCACAUUUCAAAAAACAAACAAAGGAGAGCAGAGUGCUAGAAUUGAAUGAACUUACCAGCUUGGCUAAAGCGCUUGAUACUCAGAAGCAGCUUGCUGAUGAAGCAAUGCAUAUACAUUCUCAAGCACUGCCUCACAACAAACAUGAUGCUGCUAUUGCUCACUACAUUGAAGAACAAUUCUUGGAAUCACACACUAAACGCGUACGUGAUUUAGCAGGCUACACAACCGAUUUGAAGAACUUAUUAACCGAACGCGAUCCAUCUGUUUCUAUAUUUUUGUUUGAUGAAUAUCUUAAAAAAGCUAUAUAAAUACCUUAUAAACAAAGUUAUAAAAGACAAGAAACAGAAUUUCACAUUUAUUGUAUCUAUUAAAAUUCUUUAUAUCAGUAAGCUCCUUUCAUUAUAAAGUAUAUUUCUGUUUUAGUUAGGCAGAUAUCUGCAUUUAGAAUUAAUGAAAAAUAUAUAUGUUAAUUUUUUGACAUGUUUCAUUCAAUAAAGUAUAUACUUUAUUCAUAAUUUCUUUUAAUUCUCACAUUGAAUUAUUAGUGUGAGUUAUUACUUAAAAUUAAGAGAUUUCAUGCUACAAGUUAAUUUGUAAAACAAUUACGAAAAAAAAGGGAAAAAAGUUAGUUACAGUUUCUAUUGGAUAAACUAAAGUUAUCUGACCUUAUUGAACAGAAUGUUUUUCUUCUUUGAAACUAAAGUUCAACUUAGUAUUAAGCAAAUUUCAUACCUAAUCUUACACGUUUUUGUAAAAUGUAUAAAAAUGUACAAUAAAGAAGUAUCAACAUA